GGACCUGUUGUGAGAUGAGUCCCUUGCAGUGGCCAACCCCUACCUUUGCUUCGCUGGCGUUUCUACUACUGUCCCUUGGUAGCUUCAGCGAUUCUACCAGUUCCAGAGGGCACACAGCCUCGCUCCUUCCACGAGAAAAUGUGAGAGGAAUACAUGGUGAGGAUGAUAUAUCUUUUGCAGGGAGAAAUAUACAAAACGAAGAUGAAGGGAGUGUGGAAAGCGAAACUGAGACCAAAGUCUUAGACUCACGGGAGGAAAGGAAGCGCCCUUAUAUUCCCCUCAAUAGCCUUACGUUCAUGACAGCUAACAGCCAUGUGAGCACCAUUGACUGGUCUUCCACUGACCCCAGUCAAAUACGGCAGUACAUAGCAGGUAGUAAGCUAGCUGGCAUACCUCAAACAUCCACCAUAGGGCCUGCCUCACAAAAACUUACCACUUCCACACUGCCCCCAUUCCCUCUAAUUCACAAGACUACAACCAAGAGGUCCACUCCUUUGACUAAAAACCCUUUCCUGUUAACAACCAGGAGACCCGCCUUCCCAACAGUAGUUCGAAAUGUUUCCACAACAUCAAGUGUAUUACUAAACUCAAGACCCAUUACCACAUUUAGGACACCUACUACACCAACAACUAUUAGACCUACAGCCUCAGCAAUUGUAAGUUCAACAGCAUCAGGAAUGCAUACAUCAUCAACAACAAGACGACUUACAGCAAUAACUGGAAGACCUGUUGAAUUGACCACAGGAUCCAUAAAAUCUACUACAAGUCCUCUUAUAACCUGGAAACCGAGUUCUCUAGCAAUUAGAAAUACUUCGGCAGUCACAGCUACGAGUUCCAUUAUAACUUGGAGACCAAGUUCUCUGGCAAAUAGUAACACUUAUGCUAUCACAGCAGAGGGAACUUCUGAUAAGCCUAUGACUUCUGCUACAGAAUUAACUACAAUAGGAUCAACAUUCUUUACUCAGUGGUUCACAAAUAAUGGUAACUCAUUGACAACAGGAUUCUCACCCACAACUGAAAAGAUUCCGCCUCCACCUACUGAGCUGCCUCCCCCCCUUGAUUCCAUUAAGCCACCCUUGCUUUCAACAUGGCGACCGACAUUAAGACCAAUACCUAACUAUGUCAAGGUGACUACUCAACCACCAACAACUCAAUCCAUGUCAUCCAGCACUACAACUGACUUGCCAGUAAAUAAACUAAAUCCAAAUGCUUCAACAGAACAUUCUCCAGUUCUUAGCUUAGAUAAUAAUUAUACUACCUCUUCUCCUGCAGUUCAGGAAUCCCAUUCACCAAUAUCAGGAAUGUCCACGGCAUUACCAAUAAGGAAUACUCCAACUCCUAACUGUGUCAAUGUGACUACUGAAGCACUUACAACCCAGUCAACCAGCACAACCACCCAGGUGCCAGUAAACCAAGUAAAUCCAAGUGCUGCCACUGAGAAUUCUCCAUUCCUUAGCUGGAACAAUAAUUUUUAUUCUACUUCUAGCCCUGUGGUUCAGGAAUCCUACUCACCGACAGUUAGAACAACUACCUCCUCAGCUCCACUGCUAAGGAUAACUCGUUGGACCUCAACUAUUUCUCCACAGGUUGUUACAAGCCAGCCAGUACAGAGACCAGGCAAUACUGGCCACAUGCCAGCACAUCAGAAUAAAUUUAACUCUGAUUCUAUGGAAGGCCAAGGUAUUAAGCCAAUAAAACAUGCUACACCACCUUCAGAACAGCAAAAUUAUGAGACAGAGCAUGAACCCCUGAGUCACUGGCAGUAUCUCGAUUCAAGUCCACAGCCAGUCGACAGCUAUACUACUAGGCCCCAGCUAGUUGUCACAAAUAACUUCAUAUCAGACGAUGAUCAGAAGUUAAUACAUGAAGCUUUUAAUAGAUUCCAGACACAUUUUAGUUCUGCCACAGAUUCAAGCACCACAUGGCAGGAAGACAUACAAGACACAGAUGUUCCACAAAUUCCAACAAUAGAGGAGCCUGGUGCAAUAGGUCUGGCUCCUCAACCACUGUGGACAACUACACAGCUGCUAGAUGAUAACAAGACAUCCAGCGUCUUUCAUGAUGAUAUGGUAUGGCACUUUGAUUCAAGUAAUGAGUAUAACCCUAAUGUUUCUUGGAUUACUAAUCCAAGACCGCAAGUGUCACACAACUUCCCAUUCACCAGUGAAGUCACAAGAGAUCCAAUCACUACACCGGAUCCAGCCCUCUUUGAGAUAAUCAGUGGUUCUUCCAAUGAAAGUCCAGAAAAAUUCCCUUCUAAUACAGACCAAAGCCAGUUUAUGACCUCUAAACCCACCCAAAUACCCACUCAUAACACAUCCAAACAAGAGUUGUUUACAAUAUCUGAAAAUGGUUCACACCCUACUAGAGCAUCUAUUCUACGGCCACUGAUCAGUCCAGAAGUGCAAGUUGACACUCAUGCAGAACUGUUCAAGGUUUCUCAACCAGACGAUGUGCCAGGUUCCUCCCUUGCAGCCUCUCUUCCUACAGUGGAUAGUAACGACGAUUACGACUUUGAUUACGCCGUGUAUGAGGAUGAUCUGAAGUCAGGAAGUAAUCUUGGCCAAAGUGAUGGUGUUGAUCAGCAUCAUCAGUCUUCAGGUAGUCAUUUUGCUCAUCCAAGUAACCACAACAAUCAGCAAAACCACCAUCCGUCCGUACAGGUAAAAAUAUGGAAAAUGGUUGAUGGACAGCUCAGACUUGUGGAGGAACAAUCAGUGCCUUCUGGAAUGUUUCAGAAUUCUGGGUUAACAAAUGGUGCCGUAGUUAACCCUCAGGAUGUACCAUCUGACGUGCUCUCAAUGGUGGCUACCAGGAUGGAGGAUCCUAGUCUUCUUUACUCUCUUUUGAAUUACAAUGCAAGAAAAAGACGCUCCUUGCCCAGCAAACCUGAAGGUGCAGUAAGUGCUGAAGCUGAUUUAGGCAAAACAGAAUUAAAGGAAAACAAAUCAGAGACUCCUUUGCACCACAGAUCUACAAUUUCUAUCAACUCUGCACAUACACUAUCAAAUAAUCAACCAAAUAACAAUGUAGAGAAGAAAACCAAUGAAUAUCCAGCAAUCCUUGAAAAGAUGCAAGAAAAUAGAAGACCAACAGGAAAUUCAAGCACUUUCAGAAUAAAGGAAAUAAGUAGCAUACCAGCAAUAUCUCCUGAUGGAAAAAACAAAAGUAUAACACAUUUUGUAAAAACUUCCAGAAUGAAUGAUGAGAGUGCCCACAGUGACACUCCUGUCAUCCACUUGGUCAUCCCGAACCUAAAAGAACAACCAAGCUUCAAUACUCUAUUGCAGAGGCUUGCAACUCAGUCUCAACAAACUUUAAUUAACAGAGAAUCCCAGACAAACAAUCGAGAAUUCUUUCCUAGAAAUGAAACCGCAGCAGGUUUAGCCUUUGCACACGAUCAAAAUAAUCAGCGGACUCCUCCAGCUCGUUCACACCCAAUAUCAGCUUUUGGUGGUGUGGGUAACAACAAUCUUCCCUUUACUCCAUCUCCUGUUACCUUCCAAAGUGUCCCUUCAGAAGCUUUGCUUCCCCAGGCUACAAAACCUGAAGUUCUCACUGAAAUUAAACAUUAUGGUGGUGUUGGUAAUCGAAACCAUACGAAUCUGCCACUUAAUAUUGGAACAUCUUUGGAUGAAAAUAAUCUUAGCUAUCUGCAUGUGCUCUCACGUUUAGCUAAUCAGAUUCAGAGUUCCAAUGUCCAGAAUCCUAGCUUGCAAGGUAUUCUUGGAGAUAUCACAAGGAAUUCUCCAGGAGUCCAAGCUUCUGGAGUUGUGGGAUACAGUGCAGCUGGAACACUACUCAACAGUGGUGCAAGUACUCAGGGAAAUAGUUUCUCCCAGCUGCUUCAAGAACCAUCCUUUCCAGGAGAACAUCGAGGAUCAGUCCUGGAGCUGCUACCUUCUGACCUCCCACAUGUUAAUCCUCUUCUUCCCCCAGAUGAACCUCUUGAUCACCCUGUACCCUUGAGUGGUGUGCUAGGUUCUCUUCCAUCCUCAAGCACUUUGCACAGAGAACAACUUCGUAAAAAACUUGCCACUAUCACUGGAACCAACACUUUUUCAGGACACCUUGGCAAUGAGGGAUUCUUGAACCAGAAUAAUCAUGCAGUACAGAAUUCUGUUUUAGGGAACCAAGGACAACAAUCAACUUUCAACCAACUUACCUCAGAUUCUCAAAUACGCCAUCCUGGUGCAUUAGCUUCUCUUGUUAAACCUGGUCCUAUUGACACUCCCAACCUAACCCCCUCAUUGCCUACUAACGCGUUCAUAAAUACUAACUCAUUCUUUCUUCCAAAUCUACAAAAUGGUCAAACUGCUCUCUUUAAUCAACAGCCUAUCUCACCAGGUUACCCACAAUCUGGUAAUCAAGAUUUGCGACUUCCAGGUGGCUCUUUAAGUUACCCACAAUCUGGUAAUCAAGAUUUGCGACUUCCAGGUGGCUCUUUAAGUUCUCCUAGCCAACAAAUGGCAUCACCAGCAAGCAAUCAACAAACAAUAAUUAAUCGUGCUGAUGUCUUAUCAAUCAUAGAUCGUUUGCAAUCUCAGGGUUCAAUUCCCAAUGGCCAGUCUAUUCUAGACUUCAGUCAGACCAGUGCAGCAUCCAUUUUACCAUUACAGCAGCCUGCUGAUCUCUCGCCAUUUGAUCCUAGCCUUCCAUAUCUUCCUUAUCAAGAUGCUCCAAAUUUCAGUGAUAGUCCCUUGAUCUCUUCUUUACCUGGAGGCACACUUAAUCCAUCACCUGCAACAGUUACAUCCUCAAAUGUCCAAGGCUGCACUCAGAGCACACUAUGUUCCUUGGGCCUUGCUUCCUUGGUAGCACUAGGAAUAUCUAAUGCCUUGGCACUCCCUUUCAUCACACCACUUUUUGUGGGUCGACGACGCCGCAGAUUGGAUUUUACCGGAAAUUUCACUGGUCAAAGAGAGAGCCAUAUAGAGAAUGAUAUUCUCAGAGAGCUAGUAACUAUGGCAGUUACUGCUAAUCCUGGUUUCAGAGACAUCCUCACCGCUGCUAUGGCAUUCCAUGUAGAUAAAGCUCAACAAGGGAAAAAUACAGAAGAUCACAUCAUCUUGAAUGCAAAAGCAAAAGAAUACAAGCAGCUUUUAAUGUCUCUAAAAAACGACCAGAUAUCAUUUUUAAUUCAGCAUGCCUUAAAUAUGAUAAGUGGUAGGAAGCAGCCACAAGUAGACUAUAACACACCAACAUAGAAGAAAUCAAGUUAUAUAAUGUCCACACUAUCAGACUCUGCUGGUUCCACAGAAACGUCAAACUCGAAGUGAGUUCGCUAUGGAAUGUUAGCAUAGUUUGUGGUAGUAUCUUAAAAUAAUAUCUUUGACAUUAUUCUCAUUAAUUUUUGUAUUGUGUCAUAAUGAGAUAAUAUGCAACUGUGAAGAUUUUCAUUUUUUCUCUUUCCAUGCAAAUUUAUAAAAGUAGCAUGUAUGCUAAAUGUCAA